UGUGGAUUUAGUGUUGUGGGUGAGAGAAUGACCUUCGCUCUCUGUUGCCAGUGCUGUCUUAAGUGUUUUCUUUCAAAGAUCGUUGCAGACUCCAAGGUCUGUGGGGAUCGUCAUUCCUUGAAAGUUUCACUGGCAAUCCGUCUGUAAUCCUUCACAACCCUAAAAUCUUCAGAUGAUGUGUGGUCUUCCCUAUGAUAAUUAGAAAACACAAAUACAUUGUGUUCUCCGUGUGUUUGGGUGUAUUCAUCCACACAUACAUCUGCUGUGUGUAAGUGUCUUAAAAGCCAGUGAACUCCUUUUCACUCUUUCUCUCACUUAGGUUCUUUCUCUCACUCAUAACAACUGUACAGUGUUGCAUUUUGCAACAGUGCACAUGCAUGUCUUCUCACUGUAUAACCUUGCAUAUGCCUUGGUAACUGUAAAGUACAAGUUUCACUGAAAGAGAAAAAUCUUGUCAGAGUUUCUUUAAAGCAGCCCUUUGAUUAUCAUAGAUCCGCCCAGUGGUUAUCCAGUUACCGGCCUCUUUUCAACUAUUGGCUGGAAGUAGCUAAUUAUGCAAGGUAGUGAAUCCCUGUGGGGGAGGUGGGGCCAAAACUGAAAGAACUCCUUUGGCAGGCAGAAUAGAGCUUUUAUUGAGGAUAUUUCUAAGCUGACCAUCAGGGACCAAAUCGCUGGAUUGUUCACAAAAAAAAAAACACAUCUCAGCUGAAUCACGCUGCUCCCCCUCUUUCAUUCCUUCCCUCGUUUCAUUUCAGUGAGACGGAGUGUAGCUCAUGCAGUACCCAGCAGCAAGCAGAAUGCAAGGAAUCUACAGUAUUCCCCUGUCUCACACAAGAAGCCCAGUUCACUACUAAAGGACAAGAGAGGGGAGAAAGAGGCAGAGCCAGAGAGCAGUCAGGGGAGGAUUCAGACUGCUGUGGUUGAGAGGAGGAACGUACACUCGUGUCCUGUUCUGCUCUGCUCUUGUUUGCCUCAGGUGUGUGUGCUCCACCCUCCCCUCUGCGGUGCCUGCUGUCAGCUCCAUCCCUGGGUGGCUGAGGCCAUGGUGUUGGUGCUGCAAGCCCUGCUGCCCUGCUUCUGCACCCUGCUCUCCCUGGACCUGCUGCCUGGGGUGGAACUCGCUGUGCCCUUGGAGGACUUCUACCCCUUUGGCCAGGACAAGGGGGACUCCCAGACCAUCUCUCAGGACGACGGAGGCUCCAGGCUCGUGGAGAUCUCUGUUGCUUUCCCCUUCUUUGGAGACAGGCACACAGGACUCUAUGUUAACAACAAUGGCCUCGUAUCUUUCCUGAGGGAGGUGUCUCAGUUCACACCUGUGGCUUUUCCAAUUGCCGGGGAUAGAAGGGUUGUGGCUCCAUUCUGGGCUGAUGUGGACAACCGUCGAGCAGGGAAGGUCUUCUACAGAGAGAGCCAGGAGCCCUCCAUCCUGAGGAGGGCUUCAGGUGAUGUCAGGACGUACUUUUCUGAAUUCCCCAACUUCAACGCAACUUGGCUCCUCAUCUGUACAUGGCACCAAGUUACUUUCUUUGGAGGCAACUCCCUGACACCGGUAAAUACUUUCCAAGUGGUGCUUAUUACAGAUGGAGAGCUUUCCUUCACUAUAUUCCAGUACAAUAACAUCACUUGGACCACAGGCAUGCAUGCCAGCAGUGGAGGAAACCUGGCUGGGCUGGGAGGGAUUGCAGCACAGGCAGGUUUCAAUGCUGGUGAUGGCAAGCGCUAUUUCAACAUCCCCGGCUCUCGUACAGCUGAUGUGGUGAACGUUGAGGGAACCACCAAUGUGGGCUACCCAGGCAAAUGGGUCUUCCGUAUAGAUGAUGCAAAUGUGGAAGUAGGAGGCUGCAAUAACUCCGCAUCAGUGUGCCCACACCUGCGACCAUGUCUGAACGGAGGCCAGUGCAUCGAUGACUGUAUUACAGGCAACCCCUCCUUCACUUGCUCCUGCUUGGCUGGCUUCACCGGCCGACGAUGCCAGAUUGAUGUCGAUGAGUGUGCCUCAUAUCCCUGCCAGAACGGAGGGACUUGUGAAGACCAGAUUAAUAGUUUCAUCUGUCACUGUCCCCGUGGAUACACUGGGAUUCAGUGUGAAACAGACAUUGACGAGUGCAAAGACAGACCGUGCCUCAACGACGCGUUGUGUGUACAGGGCGCUGGCAGUUUCACCUGUGUGUGUGAACCGGGUUACACUGGUGUCCUGUGUGAGACAGACAUAAAUGAAUGCGAGUCACAGCCCUGUCUGAAUGGAGGAGAGUGCAUUGAUCAGGUGGCCAACUUCACCUGUAUUUGUCCCGCUGCCUUCACUGGAGCACUCUGCGAGACAGAGUUGGAGGUGCUUCAGGACAAUUCAACUGAGGCAGAAAACCAAACAGCCUUGUGUGAAGAGGAAGAUUGCAAGAAGCAUCAGAUUUGUGAAUACACCAGCUCGGGAAUCUACAACUGUACUUGUGCUCCAGGCUUCUAUGGUGACGAGUGUGAAGAGGAAUGUCUUUGCCAGAAUGGGGGUGUCUGUGUGGACAUCAAUGGGACUUGUGAAUGCCCUUCAGGCUACACAGGACUCUACUGUCAGUUUGAAGUAACCCAGACGCCAUGCAGUAACAGCAGGCCGUGUCCUGAUGGAGCUCCUUGUUUGGAGUACGGAGGAGCCUACCUGUGUACAUGCCAGACUAGUGGAGCAGAGCUAGAUCACAAGGACUUCUACCCCUAUGUACAGCCCCGAUCGGUCUGCGACUCCUCUCCGUGUCUGAAUGGGGGCUACUGCUACGAGCGGGAUGGAGGCUACACCUGCGAAUGCAAAUAUGGACAUUGGGGCAAGCACUGUGAAAAAGUUAGACUUAAUACCUGUGCUUCUGGUCCCUGCCGCAAUGGAGGCUCCUGUAAGGAAGAAGCUGGGAGCUACAGAUGUGUGUGUCCUUACAGAUUCACUGGAAAACACUGUGAAGUGGGAAAGCCAGACCCCUGUUCCUCCAGCCCCUGUCUGAAUGGGGGGACAUGUUUCCACUACAUAGGAAAGUACAAAUGUGAAUGCACAGAGGCCUUCAACGGCAGGCACUGUGAAAUAAGCAGGAGCUCAGUACCAAUCACUGCAGAGUUUGGCUGUGGGCUGCCUCCACAAGUGAAAAACGCAGAGGUCCAAUUCUCCUUAACAACACCAGGCUCCAUGGCUGUGUAUAUAUGCCACUCAGGCUUCACGUCUGUGCCCAGAGCCACCCAGAGCAUCUGUGGUAUUCAGGGGGACUGGAGCCAGCCACCCAUUUGUGAGGAGAUCAAUGAAUGCCUAUCACAGCCUUGUCUUAAUGGCGGUACAUGUCGGAACCAGGUCGGAUCCUACCAGUGUGAGUGUAAUGAUGGCUUUAGUGGAAACCGCUGUCAGACAGACAUAAAUGAAUGCCUGUCGGAACCCUGCAAGCACGGGGGGACAUGUGAGGACCAGCCUGGCUCCUACAUGUGUCAUUGUUCUCAAGGCUUCAAAGGCCAGAACUGUGAAAUAGAGCAGGACGGGUGUGAGUCCAACCCCUGUCUAAAUGGAGGUGUGUGUCGGGGUUACAGACGGAAUUAUUUAUGCGUGUGCAAGGACGGUUUCUUUGGGGACCAGUGCCAGAUGUUGGAGAACCCAUGUGUACUGCAACCUUGUGGAAACCGCGGCCUCUGCAGGAGUGACAAGAGAGGGAACUACAACUGUGUUUGCAGAGUAGGACACACAGGCAAAGACUGUGAGAAAGACCUGUUGCCUCCUUCUGGUCUCCAUGUGCUGCGUGUGGAGGAGAACGAGGUUGAACUGCGCUGGGAUGAGCCGGAUCCCUCACACAGCCUGAUCAGCGGGUUCAUUGUCACUUAUGGUCCUCUGGGCUGUAGCAAUCCUAAAACAGAUUUUCUGGAAAGGCAGCAGUCCACCCACGUCAUGCGAGGCCUGGAGCCCGGUCUGCUGUACAACAUCUCCACCUUCUCCAUCAAGCGUAAUGCCAACAACAACGACAACAGCCAGCCUGCCACUGCACUGAUACGCACCAGACCUCGGCGGGUGGAGCAGCUGCAGGUGGUCAAUGUGUCCUCCUCUGAGGUUUGGCUGAGCUGGCUGGUUCAUCAUGCAGCAGUCAGCAGGGUGCACGUGUCUCUGUUGCCUUCAGAUGGCAGUGAGGCUCGCACUGCCGUGUUCAACGCGAGCACCACUGAGCAUACCUUCAGUUCAUUACUCCCUGGUCAGAUGUACACAGUGGAUGUGUUGACUCAAAGUGGAAUCAGACCAGAUGAGUUUCCCUCCUCCAGCCACUCAGCUGGACCCCUGCAGUUCUGGACAAGGCCUCUCCCGCCACAGAACCUCUCCCUGUCACAUGUCACCACUAACUCAGCACUGAUCACCUGGAGCCGCCACCCGAGAAACGUCCCAGAUGGCUUUGUGGUCAACGUGACCCGAGGGUUGAACACCAGGAGUCGCUUCCUGCCCAGUGGGAAAUUAGGAUCAUAUACCCUGCGUGAACUGACACCAGGACAGCACUACUACGUGGCUCUCACAUCCGUGAAAAGCACUGGGCAGGAACAGAUCCACAGCAUACCUCAACACUUAGCCUUCACUACCUUGCCAAUGGGGGCAAGAUCAGGGAGAAGAGAGAGGCCAACCGGGACUGGACAGGGGACUCAGGUCGGACGCAUACUUCCCCCAUCUCAGCCUCAGGAACUGGGAGUCACAACAGAAACACACAACUCAGAGGAACUGCACAGAUACACAGAGCUCAUUGACAGAAGGGGAAAGAUAACAGCCAAGUUCACUCAAUUGCCUCGAAAAGCCAUUCGACAUCGUACUAAACCUGACCCACCAAUUAGAUUAGAGAAGAUGGAAGAAACAACAAACAAAAUCAGCCUUGCACUAGAGAUUCAAGAAGAAGGUUUAAGAGCGAAGCCUGAGUUGCCACAGGACUGUCGCAGUCUGCCCUGCCAGAACGGGGGCACAUGUGUGAAUGGAGGCGACUCCUUGGUCUGUGACUGCGCAGCGGGGUUCAAGGGCAGACAGUGUGAACUGUUGUGCCAGCGAAUGCCGCACCCCUGUACCCGUCUCUACUCUGAAACGAAGAGUGUGCCUGUCUGGGAGGGUGGAGUGUGCCACUACCUGUACAAAAGGACAUAUAAAGUACAGCAGGAUGUUUGUUAUCGAGAGAUUUGUGAACCCAUGCCUCCAAAGAAAAGUCAGAGCAGAAGAACAGGAAGACAACAAUAAAGAGCACUUGGAUACGGAUGAAAGGACUGUCAUCACUGUCGUGUGAAAAACCUAACUUCAAUUUUGGUGUUUAUAAUCUACUUGAAGUAACUGAUUAUGGUCAUUUUUGUGCUGAGAAACCCUGUCGGAACCUACUGUAACAUUUUAGAAACCGAUCAUCAUUCAUCUGAAAAUAAGGUCGUGUUUGUUCAUUCCUGAGAGCCGUGUUUGUAUUCUAUUCUUCAUGAGAGGACUUCAGUCAAUCAAAUGAAAAAUGGCCCACAUCAUUUAUCAUUUGUGCGAUGUGUGAUGUGUGUGAUGACUGGUUUUUCACACAAACACAUACGUACAGUAUGCAAAUAUUAAUGUUAAGCAGUCCGUUGUACUGCACGGAGACCUUAUAUACCUCAUUUCCAUGUCCGUGCUGACACAUUAGGAGAGGUUUAUAUUAUUUGUGAUUCAGCUGCAGGUUUUGUCCCUCAGGGAAAUAACUGUAGAGUGUUCCGAGUCCCAAUCUUUCCUUAUACCUGCCCCCUGAUCUCCUUAUAAACAUGAUGGGAAUUGUAUGUUUUCUCCACACUCCAUAAAUUCAUCUCUUCCUCCGACAAUGGUGCACAUUAUUUUCUGUGUUUACAUUUCUUUCUCUGUGUCAUAGCUGGCAUCACUGCUCGCUAUUCUGUAAAUAGUGUUUAUAGGCCAUUUUG